GGGGGGGUCUGAUCCCAGCCUCCCAUCAUCUGAUGCUCAUUCAUCCUCCUCCUCCAGCAAGACCUCAAUGAGACGCCGCGAUAACGGUCAACCAUUGUUGUUUCAUCGCUCUCCUCCGUGAAGUCAUCUUCUGUUCACCUCUGGAUGCGUAAAUGGUGCUCUUUCUUCAACGGUUACUGCCACAUUUAGCCAUAUUGUUUCCGUUUCUGAAGCACUGUUCUCGUGUUUGGAAUAAAAUAGCGGAAGAAUAUAAAGGUUGAUAAUGAAGCAGCAAUACAUUUGAAUCUGGAGAUAUCGACGGAUAGCCACAAAAAGGAUUAUUUCGGCAAUGGACUGGCUCUCAGUGCAUGUGCUCCUCUUCUGCCCGAGUCCACUGCUCCUUCACACUGCUGUGCCACUCACCCCGUCCUCUCAGCACAUCCAGAGGAAGGAUUGUCUGUCCCUGUAGGAAUGCCUGUUCGGGCCUGGCACCUGCCUUUGCCCGCGGCUAAUCCCACACCUUUUGCCAUUCCAUUCCCCUCCAGCUCUCGCAGGCUGCUCCAUCAUGAACGAUGAGGUCAUCAGCACCAACGCACUGGCCUGGCUGGUCUGCUCGGGAGUGUCCAUCCUGGCCAACGCCUGGGGAAUCCUGAGCGUGAGCGCCAAGCAGAAGAAGUGGAAACCUCUGGAGUUCCUUAUCUGCACCCUGGCUGGCACGCACAUCCUCAACAUGGGUAUCCCUAUCACCAUGUAUUGCGUCAUUCAGCUGCGACGACAGCACUCCAACUAUGAGUGGAACGAAGGACUCUGCAAGGUGUUUGUCUCUACCUUCUACACCCUUACCCUGGUCACCUGCUUCUGUGUCACAUCUCUGUCCUACCACCGCAUGUGGAUGGUCCGCUGGCCUGUCAACUAUAGGUUGAGCAAUACCAAAAAGCAGGCUGUCCAUACGGUCAUGGGCAUCUGGAUGGUGUCAUUCAUUCUGUCCACCUUGCCCGCUGUGGGCUGGCAUGAUACCACAGAACGCUUUUACACCCACGAUAACUGUCGCUUUAUUGUGACUGAAAUCGGCUUGGGCUUCGGUGUCUGCUUCCUGCUGCUGAUCAGUGGGAGUGUGGUGAUGGGCGUCAUCUGUAUUGGAAUUGCUCUCUUCCAGACCUUUUCCAUCCAGAUGGGUCAAAACGUGGACAAGAACAAAUUUAACGUGCCCACCAUUGUAGUGGAGGAUGCCCAGGGCAAGAGGCGUUCAUCCAUUGACGGCUCAGAGCCUGUUAAGACAUCGCUGCAGAUCACCUAUCUGAUCAGUGGAAUAGUCUUCAUAUACGACUUUCUAACUGGAUUCCCCAUAUUGGUGGUGAGCUUUGCCAGCCUGAAAUUCGACCGCUCCUACAGCUGGAUGGUCCUGUGUGUCCUGUGGUGCUCCAUAGCUCAAUCAAUCCUGCUCCCCAUGUUCCUGUGGGCUUGUGACCGCUACAGGGCAGACGUCAAGAUGGUCUGGGAGAAAUGUGUGGCCAUCAUGUCCAAUGAUGAAGUGGACGAAGAAAACAGCCAGGAUGGAGGCAUUCAUCCGGACUUAAUAUUUGACAGACCGUUUGACUAUAGCUCUGCUGCUGAUAUCAUGACGGUAGACCGUAUUGCCAAGUACGAAUUCUCAACCUUAGAAAGGGGGGGCCCCCAGGGUUAUCCAUUGAGGGAGCUUCAGGAAGAUAGAAUGCACUAUUUGCAGGUGCCCCCUACAAGAAGAUACUCCCACGACGAAACCGACAUGUGGACCACCGGUCAGAUCCCGUCUUACCUGCAUCGCUGGGGCUCCACAGAGGACAUCAUAGGCAUCCCGCAAUACAACUCGCAGCGUCACGAGAGACGUCGGAGCAACCCAGCGCCUUACCACGAGGAGAGUCACCCACACCGCAAAAGGAGGCGAUCCGAGGACAUGCAUUUGCUCAAGCAGAUUCCACGAGUCGAGCGUUAUGAGGAUGAUUUCAAGUGCUUUAGCCGCGAUGAAGUGAUUAACUUCAUUGACGAGACCCCACUGGCUAGUCCAAUGAGAAGCCCGCGGCGAGCCUCUGCGAUCUCUCUGGUUCCAGAGACCUUUGAGCAGCACAUUGUUUUGUUGCCACAUUUCCCGCUCACGCAUUUUGAGCGCGAGCCUCAAGCACUGAGACGCUGCUCUGAGCACGGCAAAGCAGCCACACCAGGCGAGAUCCCUCAGGAUCUGCAGAGAAAAGCGAGGGACGGUAGUGUUGGCGAAGGCUCAGGCAUCAAGGGACACUCUGAGCACAAGCGUGCAUCAAUGCUUGUUCCAUUGGGACGAGGUGCACGGACAGGGGAGCAGUCUUCUUUAAGUGUUAGGAAAGGACAGGUAGAUGCAUCUGCUUGGGUGGACCAGAGGCACCUGCCAAAAGGGGAAAGCAAAGAAAGCUCUAAAAGUUUUAUAAGCUCACAAUCUGCAUCGUCAGGCUGUAUGACAUCCAUAGGAUCCACAAACUAAGCGAAAGUUUUAUGAGUAUUUUCAAGUAGUCCCUGAUAUGCUUAUUAGUGUUAAAACUUUGACUAAGUGGAAUGUUUUUGUUAACUAGGAACUGGGAUUUUUGAAGUGUGAUGGAUUGGAAAUGGCAUAACGACACCAUCGUUCAUUUUUAUGUGUUGCUGAAACCAGGCCGGAUUCACGGGUUAGUGGGCCUUCAAGGCAAGGGAAGCUGAGCAGCAAAUAAGUGUCCUGAACUCAACACUUAUGGUUUGAAAUGAGCACUAGGCCUUCUGCUCAUACACGUGAGCAUUUUACUGAGGCGCAUGAUAGAGUUCAGCUUUUAUGUUUCAGUGAGAAUUUAGUAAUCUAGUUAAAAUACUGCCUUUCUUGACUAAAGAAUUAAGGGCCAUUCAAUUACUUUGUGUGUGUGUGUGUGUAUGGCUGGGAGUUCAAAAAUACUUUUACAAUUUCCAGCAUACUUUUAUGUUUAAAUAUGUCUUUGACGUUUAAUAAUAGCCAAACAAAUGAUAUUUUUCCUUAUUUUUUGGCCAAAGUGCCCAUGUCUGAAAGCAUGGAGGAAGAGGUAGCAAAAUAGGGGGAUUGAAAUUUGACCAAACAGCUUAUUUAGCAGAUUUCUCAGUAAUUUUAUUUCCUUCAUUUAAUAAAAUUGCAAAGGUCAUCUUGGUUGUGGAAAAUGUUAGUAGUAAGAUUGACGUAAGAACAUAAAAUAACGUUUCUUUACAACAUUUUAGCUCACAGAGCUUUUAACUCUUUAAAUGUGUUUUUGUUGUUUCUGAUGAUGGUGGCAUGUUCUUAAUUUUUUUCAAGUAAACUGAAAAUAUAUUUUGUUAUAUCAUCUGAAUUCAUAUUUUUUAAAGCACAAGGUUCUCUUUGAAGAUCCAGACAUGUUUGCCAGUAGGCUAAAAUGUUUCUUUACACAGAUAUGUUUUAAAUGAGUUUGUGUUAAGUGCUUUGUGAUGAUUGAAAAUGUAUAUCUGAUGCAUUGUUAUUCUCAUGAUUACAGUCUUAUUUGUCUGGUAGCUCGUAAAAAAAUGAAAAUGAUAUGAAAAGUAACACUAUUUAAAAACACCCAUAGACUGCAAUCAACAUGGUCUUUUUACAAAAUAAGUGACAUAAUCUUUUAUCAUGUGGAGAAAAGGACCUUUUGAAAGCUGAUGCAGUUUGAUUUGUUACAGUAGGCAUAACCACUGAAUUGCAAUUGGAUAUUUGCUGUAUUAUUUUAUGUUGUAUAUGACCAUAUUUUAUACAUGUAUCCCAAGACAUCAGCUUUUUAAAUGAUUUGUUCUUGUUAA